AUGGUCACGUCCUCUUCGCCUUCCCGGCGGCGAGGCGGCAGCACCAACAGGACGCUGCACCCAAACUCUCGUCCCCCUCCCGACCACGACCAGGACAUCGACGGGAGCGAGUCGAAUCGAGCCUCGAUCCACUCGCUCCAUUCCAUCCACGAUUCUAAUCCUCAGCGCGAGGCUCCUCACCACCAGCUGGCCGACUCGGAAUCCGAGGAGGGCGACGACAACGACGACAACGAUAACGACGACGACGAUAGCCAAGAGACGGCGGCCGAUAGUGGGUCCAGCAUCCGCAGGCCGAAAGCCAUCGAUGAUGACAACGAUGCCGCCUCGAUUGCAAGCACUCGCUCAGACCAGUCCGAGGAAGCCGCCGGCCUCGUGUCUAGGCUGAGCGGCGAGAGCGACCGCGAGCAGCGCAGGGCCAAAUACGAGGGCCGGGGCGGCAACUUCAAAGGAGCCCCGCGGCCCAACAAGCUCAUCGACGAGGAAGGCUUUGGGGCCGAAGCCGACGCCCAGGAUGGCGAUGACGAGGGCCUCGCUAGCGGCCUCGCGGGUGACGACGACUUCGAAGGACGGCAGUCGCUCAUUGGGCGCAACGGCUUUGUGGAUCGUAGGGGCACCGCCGGCCGCGUGAGGAGAAAGGGCGUGCCGUCGCGCGUCUGGGCGAUUGCGAGGGAGGCGCUGCCGACGCUCGUGCUGUCGCUCUUCUCGCUCGUCUUCAGCGGUGAGCUGCUGGUACACCUGGCAAGGUGGCCCGCCUUCAUCAAGGUCGACAAGCUCUUUAUCCUCAUCCCAAUCCUCCUCAACAUGAAGGGCAACCUCGAGAUGAACCUAUCGCUCCGCAUGUCGACCUCGGCCAAUAUCGGCGAGCUCGACAUCCGCCGGACGCGCGAAACGCUCAUCAAGGGAAACAUGGCCCUGCUCCAGGUGCAGGCGCUCAUCGUCUCGAGCUUUGCCGGCAUCCUGGCCUUCGCCCUUGGCGUCAUCACUCCCCAGACCGAGGUCAAGGCACCCGUCGACAAGGCGCCCACGCCGACCACGCCGGAGAGCGCCAUGGUCGAGAGCGUCGUUCGCAGCGCCUUUUCCGCCCUCCGCUUGCGCAGCCAAACGAGGAGGAGCAUCGGUGGCGCGGCGGCGCCGGGCACGGCGCUGGAGCCGAGGAGGAUCAUCCAUCACCACCCGAAGCCGCCGUCGGAUCCGGCGUUGCGGCUACGCAACGGCUAUUUCGAGUUUGUGCUGGUCAUUGCGACGGGCAUGCUCUCGGCCUCGCUGAGCUCGGCCAUUCUGGGCUCGUUCAUGUGCGCGCUCGUCGUCGUCUCUCGGCGGCUGGGCGCCAACCCGGACAACAUCGCUUCGCCGCUGGCGGCGUCGCUGGGCGACCUGACGACGCUGACGCUGCUGGGCCUCUUCGCCUCGUCGCUCAUGCACUUUGAGGGCACGUUUCUCGCCACCGUCAUCCUCGCCGGCCUGGCGGUGGCGUGCAUCGCGUGCCUCAUUGUGACCUACCGCAACGCCUACGUGCGCGAGCUGCUCACGUCGGGCUGGGUGCCGCUGUUGGUGGCGAUGUUCGUGUCGUCUGGCGCCGGGCUGGUGCUGGACACGUACGUCGGGCGCUACCAGGGCUUUGCGCUGCUGGCGCCCGUCAUGGCGGGCCUUCCGGGCGCCUGUGCCGCCAUUUUCGCGUCGCGGAUCACGACGGCGCUGCACUCGGGCAAGGGCGCCUCGAUGCUGCGCAAGGCGUCCAAGGCGGCCGACGUGGGCGGCGUGGCCGGCAUCCUUGCGUCGAUACGUGCGGUGCUUUCGAUCCCGCCGAUCGAGGGGUGGCUCGUUCCGCUGACGCUGCUGAGCAUCGGCGUGACGAUCAAGGUGGCCUUUAUCCUCCUGGUCCGCGCCUCGGGCCAGAUGACGUUUGGCGUGCCGUUCGCCGUGGCCUUCUGCUGCGGCUCGGUGGCGGCGACGACGUUUGCGCUGCUCCUGUCGCACUGCGUCUGCCUGUUUCUGUGGUCGCGCGACUACGACCCGGACAUCUACUGCCUGCCCUACGUGUCGUCGACGGUCGACGUCGUGGGCCAGACGCUGCUGGUGGUGGCCUUUAAGCUGGCCACGUCGAUGGGCGACGAGAUCACGGCCGUCGUCAACGCCGGCGCGGGGCACGGCGGCGCCUGA